AUGCUUUUGGUGAACAUUGAAGAAUACAACUUUUUCGUGCUUAUCAUAAAGCCGACACCAGAAAUGCUCUCGUCGAACGCAAUUUUCUGGAUCCUGUACGUCGUUGAGUUUUGCGCUCUUUUAUUUGCGUUCUGCACUGUUCCAAAGCUUGUACGGGCUCUUGAAAAAACGCCACUCUAUCAUAAGAAUCUAAUCCGAAUCACACAGGCUUAUUUCUUGUUUUUCUACGCGGGUUUCUUCUCUCGCAUCGUAAUCAUUCUCUUUCAAGCCAAUAUGUUGGAUAUUAAAGGAAAUCCCGUUUAUGCUGGGCUUCUUGUUGCGGCCGCCACUGUCCGAUUGUCUUUUACGAAUUUUCUUGGCUUAUUUCUACCUUGUGUCGUAGCAGAGCGUUUGUUUGCCUCCAGAUACAUUGUAGACUAUGAGAAAGUUUCUCGAUCAUGGAUUUCUACCACGAUUUUGGUAUUCACGAUAACGUUAUCAAUAUUUUUCGCCACAACCAUUGUAUUGGGUUUCUAUCGUAUUAAUACCAUUGUUUUGGUAACAUUCAUCAUCCAUAUCGUUUACGUGAUUCUCUAUAUUUAUCUGUUUCGUAGAGAUUUUUCGAAACUACGUGCCAUCAAUCGAGGAGUUUGCCGGCGAAGAAUUGCCUAUACUUUGAGCAUCAAAUAUCAGCUUACCGAAAACCUUAGAGUGUUGAAGGUAAAUUCUAUUGUCACCAGUUGA